CAGAAUUAUAGCUAAUGGAUGGCAGCGAGUUACGUUUUUGUGCAUGGCGAUGAAUGAGGAUGCUUGAUAAACCAUAAAUUAAACGCAAAAACGUGCACUUACAAAUAUUUUCGUUUGGCAGAACUUUGACAAGCUAUAAUCUGUUUUCAAAUGACAUUGACAGUUCAUAUAGACAUUAGACUUAGGCCUAAUUGUGACAUCAUGUGUGUAUGACAUCUUUGAAGAAUGCCCUGGCUUCAGCCAAUCGGAAUCGAGUAUUCAACAAUGCUUUGGCAUAAUUCAAGGACGUUCAUAUUCACUUCAGUUGUCUGCCGAUGGUUCACUGACGUUUUUUCAAAGGAGCUAUUAGUAUUUCCUCUAAACAGCCUACAACAAUAAGCUACACAUCAUGUCAGAUGACAGCAAGGUAUGGUUCAUUUAGCCUAUUUUGAGUUUAGAGGAGAAAUUACUAACAAUAUAGUAGGUCACUACCAAAGCAAUAGGUCUCACUGGUUUGAUCCAUGGACUGAAAUCUGACCACUAUUGCCGUUUUGUUUACAAUAGGAGCGAAUAAGUUGUUUCACAAAGUCACAACCUAGGACUGAUAUUGACCUCUCAUUUAUCCACCAGAGCGUGAAAUGGGAGGAUCCCCCGGAUGACCAAAAUAAGGUUGUGAUGAAUAUGAAGGAUGAAACAGAGACACAUGAGACCAACAAGAACAGGACAGGAGGCAAGGCUAAACGUAAGUCCAGUGGCCGUGCCAAGAAGACUUCCGUGGAGGAGGACAGCAGCAUUGGUGCAGGUCCGAGAUUACUUCAUGUUGGGUGCAGAGUCUUCUCAGACACCCGGGUGUGGUUUCCGGGAAAGGGGAUCUAUCAUUGAGCAGCUGGAGAAGGAGGCUCAGAGGACUCUAAUGCCUUCUCUCAAGAUUGAGACAUGCUGUGCCCCAAUCCUCCUCUCCUUCCUGAGGAGUCUAACUGAUGACCAAUGGAGAGUGAUUCAGCAUGGCAUGAAAAAUAACCUCACAUUCGAGCAGCUCUCCAUGCUGUGUCUGAAGAUUGUUAAAGUCGUGACCCAGACAGCCCUCCGCAUUCUCCUACCAGCGCUAGCUCGUAUCAUGGGGGUGAACCUGAGGAGUGGGGCAACCUCCCCAGAAUCCCAGUGCUCUCUGACAGGGUCUGAGGAUUCCUUAGGCAGUCUGGAUGAGAGAGAGAAAAGGCUGCUGAUCAGUGAGAUGAACUCCUGGACUAAGGAGAGGAGGAGGAAUGGCAGUGCAGGGUGCCGCCAAAAAUCCACUCGCAGAACCUCAUCACCAUGCUGUUCGCCUAAGAGGUCCCAGACCUCAUUGCAGAGCUUGCCUGCAACUAGAGAGGCUCCCCUCAUGGAGGAGCCUCUGAAGGCUCUUUUUGGGGUAACGGAAGAGAGCCUCCUGAUAUCCCUGGUUGAGGGUCACUCCAACCCCACCUCCUCCAGCUCCUCCGAGUUGAGGUGUGCUAUUGUGGGGGAGGUGGUACACCAGCUUAACUCUGGCCUCUCAGUGGCCAUUCAGGCCAGCUCGGGGAGUUUCCCCCCCUAUGGACAGUCAGGACAUAGCAGCAGGCAAGGAGGUCAUUCGGGUAGCCUCGGUGCAGAUCCUGGCCGAGCUACAGAGCCAAACGUCUGAGCCAGAGUGGGUAGGGUUUAUCGAGCCCCUCAUGGACCCUGUGACCGAUGAUGUGCUGGAUGCCAUUGUCGGCACAAUGGACAAAAUGGCACAGGACUUCAACAUCCUAUUGGAUCUGGCCAAGAAGAUGACAA